AUGACCAAGCUCGCCCUCGCCUCCGCCGUCGCCGGCCUCGCAGCCACCACCCUCGCUGCCCCCACUGCCAUCGCCGCCCCCUACGAACCCAUCAACAUCAGCUACAGCGGCACCUGCAGCAACGAGACCCUCAACAGCGUCACCGUGCUCGACAACCAGCUCAACAUCAAGUUUGGCGAGUUUGACGCCAUGCUCGGCGGCCCCGACGAUCCCCUCAAGCGCUUCUCCUUCUGCGCCGCCCACAUGGAGAUCACCGGCGGCCUUCCCGGCUACAAGUUGUCCGCCAAGCGCGUCUCGGGCCAGGGUCUGUUCUACGGCACGGGAAAGGUUGGCCUGUCUCUGUUCGCCACCAUGUUUUGGAGCUCGGAGGCGGAACUCGGCGUUACGAGGCAAAUUGACUUUGCCGCCGAAGAGCAAACUGCCUUUGGAUCCCGCUACUACGAAUCCAACUUCCUAGACACCCCUUUCCUCAGCCCCUGCGUGACCAAGGAGACUGACCCCGGUCUCCUCACCGUCCGCAUGAGGGCCCGCCUCUCCACCAGCGAGCCCAACGCCAUCGGCCUCUUCCUCGGCUCCCCCGAAGCCCCUGUGACGGAGAACAUCGAGUUCGAGUGGCCCGUAGAGCCUGCGGAGCCUGAAGAGCCUGUUGAGGAGGAACCCCCGACCACCGUGAAGCCCGGGGAGCCGCCCGUCAAGACCGUCUACCCUGACGAGCCCGAGGACGACGACGAUAUCAUUGAUAGCCCGCCCAUCAUCGAGGAGCCUAUUGAUGUUCCUAUCAUCAUAGAGGAGCCCAAGGAAGGAGAGGUCAUUGUCGACGAGCCUGAGGAGGGAGAAGUCAUUGUCGACGAGCCUGAGGAGGGCGAGGUUGUUGUCGACGAGCCUGAAGAGGGUGAGGUCGUCGUUGACGAGCCCGAGGAGGGAGAAGUCGUCGUCGAUGAGCCCGAGGAAGGUGAGGUCAUUGUGGAGGAGCCCGAGGAGGGAGACGUCGUCGUCGAGAAGCCCAAGGAAGGCGGCGUUGUCGUCGAUGAGCCUGAAGAGGGAGAAGUGAUUGUCGAGGAGCCCGAGGAGGGAGAGGUCAUCGCCGAUGAGCCUUGGAACCCCUAA